CAAAGCCAGGACUGGACCAACACCGGACCCAAUAUCGCAAGAUGACUGAAGAGAGCAAAGGGGAAGGCAAAGGAGAGAGCGGGAAAGACCUAGAGAAGCAGCUUCGCCUCCGAGUGUGUGUCCUGAGUGAGCUCCUGAAGACGGAAAGGGACUAUGUGGGGACCCUAGAAUUUCUGGUGUCGGCCUUUUUGCACCGAAUGAUCCAAUGUGCAGCAUCAAAAGUUGACAAAAAUGUUACAGAAGAAACCGUGAAGAUGCUUUUUUCAAACAUUGAAGAUAUACUUUCAGUUCAUAAAGAAUUCCUGACUGUGGUAGAAGAGUGUUUACAUCCUGAACCUAAUGCUCAACAGGAAGUGGGAACCUGCUUUCUUCACUUUAAAGAUAAAUUUCGUAUUUAUGAUGAAUACUGCAGUAAUCAUGAAAAGGCACAGAAAUUGCUUCUUGAGCUUAACAAAAUAAGAACUAUACGGACAUUUCUCUUGAACUGCAUGCUACUUGGAGGAAGGAAGAACACUGAUGUUCCAUUGGAAGGCUAUUUAGUAACACCAAUACAAAGAAUUUGCAAGUAUCCUCUCCUUUUGAAGGAGUUGCUGAAACGGACUCCAAGGAAACACAGUGACUAUGCAGUUCUGAUGGAAGCCCUCCAGGCCAUGAAAGCUGUUUGUUCCAACAUAAACGAGGCCAAGAGACAGAUGGAAAAGUUAGAAGUCUUGGAGGAGUGGCAGUCUCAUAUUGAAGGCUGGGAGGGUUCCAACAUCACUGAUACCUGCACUGAAAUGCUAAUGUAUGGGGUUUUGUUGAAAAUCUCUGCAGGAAAUAUUCAAGAACGAGUGUUUUUUCUUUUUGAUAAUCUUUUAGUAUAUUGCAAAAGAAAACACAGGAGGUUAAAGAACAGCAAGACUUCUAUAGAUGGGCACCGUUAUCUUUUCCGUGGCAGAAUCAAUACUGAAGUUAUGGAAGUUGAAAAUGUAGAUGAUGGAACAGCUGACUUCCACAGUAGUGGACAUAUAGUUGUUAAUGGUUGGAAGAUACACAAUACAGCAAAGAAUAAAUGGUUUGUGUGUAUGGCUAAAACACCAGAAGAAAAGCAUGAAUGGUUAGAGGCUAUUAUGAAAGAAAGAGAAAGGCGGAAAGGUUUAAGACUGGGAAUGGAACAAGAUACCUGGGUUAUGAUCUCUGAACAGGGAGAGAAACUUUAUAAAAUGAUGUGUCAACAAGGAAAUCUUAUUAAAGACAGAAAGAGAAAAUUGACUACCUUCCCUAAAUGUUUUCUUGGAAGUGAAUUUGUAUCCUGGUUGUUGGAGAUUGGUGAGAUUCAUAAACCUGAGGAAGGAGUCCAUUUAGGACAAGCAUUAUUAGAAAAUGGCAUUAUCCAUCAUGUUACUGAUAAACAUCAAUUCAAACCAGAACAGAUGUUAUAUAGAUUCCGCUAUGAUGAUGGAACAUUUUAUCCUAGAAACGAAAUGCAGGAUGUAAUUUCCAAGGGUGUAAGGUUGUAUUGCCGACUUCAUAGUCUGUUUACUCCAGUGAUAAGGGAUAAAGAUUACCAUCUAAGGACCUACAAAUCUGUGGUCAUGGCCAACAAAUUGAUAGACUGGCUAAUUGCACAGGGGGAUUGCCGGACCAGGGAAGAGGCAAUGAUCUUUGGUGUAGGUCUUUGCGACAAUGGAUUUAUGCAUCAUGUUCUUGAAAAAAGUGAAUUCAAAGAUGAGCCCCUACUUUUUCGUUUUUUUGCGGAUGAAGAAAUGGAAGGAUCAAAUAUGAAGCACAGACUUAUGAAACAUGAUUUAAAAGUUGUGGAAAAUGUUAUUGCUAAAUCAUUAUUGAUUAAAUCUAAUGAGGGAAGUUAUGGAUUUGGAUUAGAAGAUAAAAAUAAAGUACCAAUCAUUAAAUUAGUGGAAAAGGGAUCAAAUGCAGAGAUGGCUGGAAUGGAAGUUGGAAAGAAGAUUUUUGCCAUUAAUGGUGACCUAGUUUUUAUGAGACCUUUCAAUGAAGUGGAUUGCUUCUUGAAAUCAUGCUUAAACAGCAAAAAGCCUCUCCGAGUUCUUGUGAGCACAAAACCAAGGGAGACAGUGAAAAUUCCAGAUUCAGCAGAUGGCCUUGGAUUCCAGAUUCGCGGAUUUGGUCCUUCUGUGGUACAUGCUGUUGGAAGAGGGACUGUGGCUGCAGCUGCUGGUCUUCACCCUGGACAGUGCAUAAUCAAAGUAAAUGGAAUUAAUGUCAGCAAGGAGACACAUGCCAGUGUAAUUGCCCAUGUCACGGCUUGUAGGAAAUAUAGGCGACCUAUGAAGCAAGAUUCUAUACAGUGGGUCUAUAACAGUAUUGAGAGUGCUCAAGAGGAUCUUCAGAAAACAAACUCCAAACCUUCAGGGGAUGAUGGAGGGGAUGCUUUUGAUUGCAAAGUAGAAGAGGUAAUUGACAAGUUCAAUACAAUGGCUAUCAUUGAUGGGAAGAAAGAUCAUGUGAGUUUGACUGUGGACAAUGUUCACCUGGAGUAUGGUGUCGUAUAUGAGUAUGAUAGCACUGCAGGUAUAAAAUGCAAUGUGGUAGAAAAAAUGAUUGAACCCAAAGGCUUCUUCAGCUUGACCGCAAAGAUUCUUGAAGCUCUGGCCAAAAGUGAUGAACAUUUUGUGCAAAACUGUACUAGCCUAAACUCUUUAAAUGAAGUCAUUCCUGCUGAUCUCCAAAGUAAAUUUGGCACCAUUUGCAGUGAUAAAAUUGAGCACAUAUGUAGAAGAAUAUCCAGUUAUAAAAAGUUUUCACGUGUACUUAAGAAUAGAGCUUGGCCCACGUUUAAACAGGCCAAAUCAAAAAUCUCCCCAUUGCACAGCAGUGAUUUCUGUCCCACUAAUUGCCAUGUCAACGUCAUGGAAGUCUCUUAUCCCAAAACCUCAACAUCCCUGGGGAGUGCCUUUGGAGUGCAACUGGACAACAGGAAACAUAAUUCCCAUGAUAAAGAAAAUAAAGUUUCUGAACAAGGAAAAUUAAAUCCUAUGGUCUAUAUCCAGCAUACCAUUACUACCAUGGCAGCCCCUUCAGGACUGUCCUUAGGACAGCAGGAUGGGCAUGGCCUCCGGUAUUUGUUAAAAGAGGAGGACUUAGAAACACAAGAUAUAUAUCAAAAAUUGUUGGGUAAACUUCAGGCUGCUUUGAAAGAAGUGGAAAUAUGUGUCUGUCAAAUAGAUGACCUUCUGUCUUCAAUAACAUAUUCUCCCAAAUUGGAACAUAAAACAUCUGAGUCUUUAAUACCAACUGACAGUGACAAUGAGAAGGGAGAAAGGAAUGGAAAAAAGGUCUGUUUUAAUGUAGCUGGAGAUGAACAAGAAGAUUCGGGGCAUGACACUAUCAGCAAUAGGGAUUCCUACAGUGACUGUAACAGCAAUAGAAAUUCCAUUGCCUCUUUCACUAGUAUAUGCAGUAGCCAGUGCAGUUCUUACUUUCACAGUGAUGAAAUGGACUCAGGUGAUGAACUUCCCUUGAGCAUCCGAAUUUCACAUGAUAAACAGGACAAGUUACAUGGCUGCUUAGAGCAUCUCUUUAGUCAGGUGGACUCAAUUACCAAUCUUCUUAAAGGGCCUGCUGUAGUGAGAGUCUUUGAACAGACCAAGUACUUCACACCUGGUCGAGGAUUACAAGAGUUUCAACAGGAAAUGGAACCUAAGCUAAGCUGUCCAAAAAGACUUCGGCUUCAUAUCAAGCAAGAUCCCUGGAAUCUUCCCAGCAGUGUCCGGAAUCUUGCACAGAAUAUCAGAAGAUUUGUUGAAGAGGUGAAGAGUAGAAUACUUUUGGCUCUUCUGGAAUAUACAGACAGUGAGAUACAGCUCAGAAGAGACAUGGUUUUUUGCCAAAGUCUAGUGGCCACAGUCUGUGCCUUUUCUGAGCAACUAAUGGCUGCCUUAAAUCAGAUGUUUGACAACAGCAAAGAGAAUGAGAUGGAGACUUGGGAAGCCAGUAGACGAUGGCUGGACCAGAUCGCCAAUGCAGGAGUUCUUUUUCACUUUCAGUCAUUGCUCUCACCCAACUUGACUGAUGAACAAGCCAUGUUAGAAGACACACUCGUUGCAUUAUUUGAUUUGGAAAAGGUUUCCUUUUAUUUUAGACCAGCAGAACAGGAGCCACUAGUUGCAAAUGUGCCACUUACAUACCAAGCAGAAGGGAGUCGGCAAGCUUUGAGAGUUUAUUUCUACAUUGAUAACUAUCACUUUGACCAGUUGCCACAGAGAUUGAAGAAUGGAGGAGGUUUUAAAGUCCAUCCAGUUCUUUUUGCACAAGCACUGGAGAGCAUGGAAGGAUAUUAUUAUCGAGACAGUGUUUCAGUGGAAGAAUUUCAAGCCCAGAUUAAUGCUGCUUCAUUGGAAAAAGUUAAACAGUAUAACCAGAAACUCAGGGCUUUCUACCUGGACAAGUCAAAUUCACCUCCUAAUUCCACAUCUAAAGCAGCUUAUAUAGAUAAGCUCAUGAGACCUCUGAAUGCUUUGGAUGAACUUUAUCGCCUGGUAAUCUCAUUCAUUAGAUCAAAACGAACGGCAGCCUGUGCUUACACAGCAUGCAGUGCCUCUGGAGUUGGACUGCUCUCAGUUUCUUCAGAACUCUGUAACAGGCUAGGGGCAUGCCACAUCAUCAUGUGCAAUAGUGGAGUGCAUAGGUGCACUCUGAGUGUUACUCUGGAGCAGGCUAUAAUUCUGGCUAGAAGUCAUGGACUACCUCCUCGGUAUAUCAUGCAAGCUACAGAUGUAAUGAGGAAGCAGGGAGCAAGAGUGCAGAAUACAGCCAAGAACUUAGGAGUCAGAGACCGGACGCCACAGUCUGCUCCACGAACUCGCUGUAUCAGGCACACUGCCAAGCACUUAACAUUUAUUACUUCAUUUGAUGCUUAUGACAACUCUGACUCUGAUGACAUGAGUUCUGAUGACGAAGAGGAAAUGAAAAGAAUAUAUCAAGAAGCAAAUGUACCAGUGAUCAUGGUACCAGACAUAGACCCUGAGCACAGGCAUGAGUGUGGGCGAGGAUGCAUCAUGAGAGCAGGCGAGGACCUUGAGUGGGGACCCAGUGCAGAGGGGUGCACAAUUGUGGAACCAGCGCCCUGA